GCCGCCGCCGCCAUGUUCUGUCACUCCGAGGGCUUAGUAGCCGCCUUCUCGACGCUGCUGCUGGCGACGCUGGCGCUGAGCCGGAGCGCCACGCUCUCGUGCCUGCUGACGGGCGGCCUCUACUUGGCGCUGCGCCUCUUCAGCCUCGAGCCCGUGCCCCCUCAGCGGGCCCAGGCCGUCGUGCAGCCGCGGGGCAACCCAGCGCGCAUCGCCCACCGCGGCGGCGGACACGACGCGCCCGAGAACACGCUGGCCGCCAUCCGACAGGCAGCUGAGAAUGGAGCAACAGGUGUGGAAAUUGACCUUGAAUUCACUGCUGAUGGCAUUCCUAUCCUGAUGCAUGACGACACAGUAGACAGGACCACUGAUGGGUCUGGAAGUUUACGUGACUUGACAUAUGCUGAGAUUAGACAGUUUAAUCCAGCUGCUAAACAUAAAUUAUGGAGGGAUUAUCGUGGGGAAAGAAUACCAACAUUGAAAGAAGCUGUUUGGGAAAGUAUGCAUCAUGACCUCAUCAUUUACUUUGAUGUUAAGGGCCAUGCAAAUCAGGCAGUUGAAGCCCUAAAACUCCUUUACCUGGAAUAUCCUCGGCUGUACAACACUAGCAUCGUUUGCUCUUUUAUGCCAGAUGUUAUCUAUAAGAUGAGGCAAGCUGAUAGGAACGUUAUAACAGCUCUGACUCACAGACCGUGGAGUUUUAGUCACCUUGGAGAUGGGAAGCCUCGCUUUGAGUCCUUUUGGAAACACUACUGGAUGAUGGCAGUUGACGUUAUCGUAGACUGGAGCAUGCACAAUUUUCUGUGGCACUUAUGUGGAGCUUCAGUUUUUCUGAUUCAGAAAAAUUAUGUUUCGCAGGACUACGUGAAUCAGUGGUCUUCCAAAGGAGUUCAAGUUGUUGCUUGGACAGUCAACACAUUUGCUGAAAAAAUACACUAUGAAAACGUUCUCCAGACCAGCUAUAUUACUGACAGCUUACUAGAGGAUUGUGAACCUCACUAUUAGUUUUAGCCGUUUCUGGAUGCUUCUGGAUUUGCCUCAUAUGACAGAUUGAAGUUCAUCAGCAGCGGAACUUCGAGGAUUCAUAUUAUCAAGAGUGCAUUGAUUCUCUUUGGACAGAAUUAUUACAGUGCAAAUUGUAUCAAAAGAUCUCUCUUUGUCAUGCUGGAUUCAGACUUAACGUUACAAUCGCUUGUAAUCUUAGAAAGAAGAACCGAGAUUUUGGGUAAGAUCUGCCUGCGCAGCCUAAGAAAGAAAAAUGAUAUCAGGUUGACUUGGUUCAAUGCAUGUGUUGGAGGUCCAGAAGAGUUAACACAGUUCAUAAAAGCUGCUUGAUGUUGGAAAAAAGUAUUGAUAUUAGGCCUUCACAAAUCACUGGUGUUACUUGAAAUGCAAUAAUUAGUCUGUAUUUAGGAAAGGAACAGUACAAGGGAGACAUAGCUUAGAUUGUCCUUGAGAGAGGAAGACCUGCAACUAAAGCCAAAGUUCAUGUCCUUUCUCUUCACUUUUCACUCUGGAAUCCAGGUACCAUGCUUGAAAAUAAUGUGCAUUUGAUACCUUAUGGGCACAGGCAAGGCUAUGUGGAGUAGAAACUUCCCUGAGGGGCAUGGGCAACAAUUAAGAGGCGUUUGGUGAAAAGCUCAGGCAUGGAAACAACCUAGGGCAACAUAGCCAGAGCUAAAAUGUAGGGGUAACAUGAAGAGUGAGCAUUUAUUGGCUCACACCAGUAUCUAGGCCUCCGUCAGAGGUUUGUGCCGCAAACCCUAAGUUUUGUACCAUCAACCACAAGUGUGUAACCGUUAAACCAGGGGAUCAUUUUGAAGGUCAUAUAUAUCCUCCAAACUGUUAGAAAGGUUUUGUGCCACCAGGCCAUCAUUGGCAUAUUUGUUACUGGAAAUAACUAAAAAGUAACAGUCAGAUAUCCACUUCUAUAGAGUCAAAUAGCUCUCCUCCUUUCAUAUAUUUUUUUCAAAUUCAUUUUUCAGGCAUUUAAUUCAGGCAUCUUCUACAGUUGACUCUGGGGCAUUGGAUGCUGUCAACUCCUCUGCAUGUUGGGCUUGUCUCUUUACACACUUCUCCAUUUCACCAAGCAUCCCCACGUUGUUCAGGGGAUACUGUUUGACUGACACACCUCAACUACACCUGUCAAAUUUGGUUUCUGUUACAUGUGCCUUCCUUCUUGCACACUUGCUACACAGUUGCUGGAUUCUUUUUCGUGUUCCAUCUCUUCUGAUUUUUCCUCUAUUAGUACUUUUUGCAUUACUGGUACUUCUCCAUCUUGACAGACUGCAGCGUGUGGAAAUCUCUCCUCCCAUACAUUUUAUUCAAAGAAAUGAGCUACUUCAGGGGGCAGGAGAGAGCUCUGUUUGGAGAUCACAAUGUCUGGCCAUUGUGACUUGCACCAAUCACCCAAUAAAAGCUUGUGUAUGUCUCCAUGCUAGAGCAGGCCGAGAUUGCAAGGGAAAGCAAAAUAUCCUAUUCUGUUUGUAAUUCUAAGGAAUGUUAGUUAUGAAACCAGAAGUCUACCAUCUCUGCAAAACCUCUGCCAAAGUUUUGUGCCGUUUCGUGUGGGGUAGUGACAAACAUUCUUGUGGUUUGUGGCACAAACCUAGCACAAAUUCUUGGCAUGGUAUGGCUAUGCCUGGCACCCAAAGGAGGUUUGGGGCUGGAUGUGAUGCCAUGCCAUCUUGAAGAGGACACUCUCCUGCAUGUAUGAUCUGGGCUGACCCAAAGCUUACUGUAGAGUUCUCACCAAUUCUUUAGUCUUUCUAUGUAGUUGAUCUCUAAUUGCUACGCGUACACACAGUUGACAGUGUCUUCCGUUUGAAGAAAGCAUUGGGCGAUGUUGUAGGGGACAUGCUCUUGGAGGUGGGGUGCAUAACCCUAGUUCCUUAAUUGUAAUUGUCAGAUGAGGAAAUUCUGUGUUAAUGAGUGCUACGCAAAAAUACCGAUUUGAUUAGACAAAAUUAUUUAUCUCAAAGGGCAUAGUCCCCGAGUCAUCGAGACAUGUUAUGUGGUAACCUAAUGCUUAUUCUGGGGUGCAGGGGCAUAUAAAUAAAUGUUAGUUCCUUUGUUUCGAACUUUUGCUCAAAAUAAGGAACAUUACAACUUCGUUUUGCAAGUGAUGUAACACUAGUCAUUGUUCCCCCAUCAAAAUGUCGAAGGGCGAUUAAGAAACACACAAUCAAAUUUACAUUUCACCAUGGUUGGAAAAGACCAGAGCUUGCUUUAUCAUUCUUUAUAA